CCUCCCUCGUUCCAAGAUAACUCGGGAGUACCGGGAGAGGAAGGCGUCCUGGCCUCGGGGUCCCCCACACACCCAGAACCCCCAGCCUUGUAGCCGCUGCUGGCACCCGCGGCACGUCUCUCUCCCUCGAGCUGAGGAAACAUUUUGGCCGUGAAUUGAGUAUCUCCCUCCCUCUCCAACCGCCGAGCUCACUCGCUGCCUCCUCCGGGUUCCGGUGGCAUUGGGGAGCCGGGCAAAGGCUCGGGCGGGAGGGAAGAGGCAGCAUCGGGGUCUCAGAGUGUCUCCCGGCACUGGGAAGGCGAGCGAGGACGAGGUGGAGCGGAGACAGAGUGAGAACGCCGGGCCCCCAGGCGUCCCUAGGCCCCUUCCUUAUUUUGCUGCCUUCUAGGGGCCGCCCUGGCUUUUGCCAUCCCGAGCCACACUCAGCCCCAGAACAGCCAGGUGUCCCUUAGCCGCCACUCGCCCUCUCCAGCUGGGACAGAGCUCCGGGGGGCACCGGCUCCGCCCGCGGCAGGAGUAGGCGGUCAGCGCAGGCCCGGGAGCAAGAAAAUCUGCUCGGUCCCAGGCAGCCGCCGCUGCCCCUUUGAUGUUUUGGUACACCGUGCGCAUGCGCCUCACAUUAGAAUUACUGCACUGGGCAGACUAAGUUGGAUCUCCUCUCUUCAGUGAAACCCUCAAUCCCAUCAAAAACUAAAGGGAUGUGGAGAGUCCGGAAAAAGGGCUACUUUGGGAUUUGGUCAUUCCCCUUAAUAAUCGCCGCUGUCUGUGCGCAGAGUGUCAAUGACCCUAGUAAUAUGUCGCUGGUUAAAGAGACAGUGGAUAGACUCCUGAAAGGCUAUGACAUUCGUCUGAGACCAGAUUUUGGAGGUCCCCCUGUGGCUGUGGGAAUGAACAUUGACAUCGCCAGCAUUGAUAUGGUUUCCGAAGUUAAUAUGGAUUAUACCUUGACAAUGUAUUUCCAGCAAGCCUGGAGAGAUAAGAGACUGUCCUAUAAUGUAAUACCUUUAAACUUGACUCUGGACAACAGAGUGGCAGACCAGCUCUGGGUACCAGAUACCUACUUCCUGAAUGAUAAGAAGUCAUUUGUACAUGGAGUGACUGUCAAGAACCGCAUGAUCCGCCUACAUCCAGAUGGGACGGUUCUUUAUGGCCUCAGAAUCACAACCACAGCUGCUUGCAUGAUGGACUUAAGGCGGUACCCACUGGAUGAACAAAACUGCACCUUGGAAAUUGAAAGCUAUGGAUAUACCACAGAUGACAUUGAGUUUUACUGGCGUGGGGAUGAUAAUGCAGUAACAGGAGUAACAAAGAUUGAACUUCCACAGUUCUCUAUUGUGGAUUACAAACUUAUCACCAAGAAGGUUGUUUUUUCCACAGGUUCCUAUCCCAGGUUGUCCCUCAGCUUUAAGCUUAAGAGAAACAUUGGUUACUUUAUUCUGCAAACAUACAUGCCUUCCAUCCUGAUCACUAUCCUCUCCUGGGUGUCCUUCUGGAUUAAUUAUGAUGCAUCAGCUGCAAGAGUGGCAUUAGGAAUUACAACUGUCCUUACAAUGACCACGAUCAAUACCCACCUGCGGGAGACGCUCCCUAAAAUCCCCUAUGUGAAGGCCAUUGACAUGUACCUGAUGGGGUGCUUUGUCUUUGUUUUCAUGGCCCUUCUGGAAUAUGCUUUGGUCAACUACAUCUUUUUUGGGAGGGGACCCCAACGCCAAAAGAAAGCAGCUGAGAAAGCUGCCAGUGCCAACAACGAGAAGAUGCGCCUGGAUGUCAACAAGAUGGACCCACAUGAGAACAUCUUACUGAGCACUCUUGAGAUAAAAAAUGAAAUGGCCACAUCUGAGGCUGUGAUGGGACUUGGAGACCCCAGGAGCACAAUGCUGGCCUAUGAUGCCACCAGCAUCCAGUACCGGAAAGCCGGCUUGCCCAGGCAUAGUUUUGGCCGAAAUGCCCUGGAACGACAUGUGGCACAGAAGAAAAGCCGCCUGCGGAGACGUGCCUCCCAACUGAAAAUCACCAUCCCCGACUUGACUGAUGUGAAUGCCAUAGAUCGGUGGUCCCGCAUAUUCUUCCCAGUGGUUUUUUCCUUCUUCAACAUCGUCUAUUGGCUUUAUUAUGUGAACUAAAACAUAGCCUCCCAUGGGAAGCAAGGACUAGAUUCCUCCUCAAACCAGUUGUACAGCCUGAUGUAGGACUUGGAAAACACAUCAAUCCAGGACAAAAGUGAUGCUAAAAUACCUUAGUUGCUGGCCUAUCCUGUGGUCCAUUUCAUACCAUUUGGGUUGCUUCUGCUAAGUAAACACUAGGUCCUUGUGGUUUUCCAGUUGAAAUGCAAGUGAUUUGUACACAUGUUGGCAAGACUGUGUCUGAGUGUUCCACUUUAUCUGCUUAGUGUGCAGGCUAUAUAGAGGGCAAUUAUUUAGAAGAUAUUCUUAGAGAGCUCAGUAGCAUUGCCAGUCAUUUUUAUGAGAAGUGGUCAUACCCAGAUACUCCCCAUCUUCAUUUCUAAUGUUGGCAUGCUGUUGAGAUGGCACCGUGCUUAUGAAACAUUAUUUGCAAUGCCAUGCAAACAUGCUUACUGAAGAUGGUCUAUGCCUGGUCUUAUUAAAGUGAUAAUGGUGGCAUGGGAAGAUAAUUCCCACUAGAUUCCAGAAGGUUCUCACAUAGUUCAAACAGGAUACGGAGACUGCAGACAGAGACUUGGUAACCAAUUUGGCCAGUCUCUGCUUGAGUGUAGGGAGUCAACACUGACGUCUUCCAUUGUGACAGUUAGAAAUGGGACUGCUGAACAUUAUCAUGCAUGGUGGCCAAGAAAUGUUUCUAAAAAGCUAUUUCCUCAGUGGUUAAAAUAAGAGUUAAUAAUCCAGAGCAGAGUGGAAACAGAAGUGACUGUUGUAACAAAAUUAAAGCAAAUGAGCAGCAUGACCCUUAUCAGCCCCACGCAGCAUCUGGUUUAUACAUAUUUUGUACAUGGCAAAAGGUCCAGUGAGAGAGACUUUUUCCCCAACUUCACAAGCUUUUGAUAGCAGAUCUAAAGAAGUUUUUAUAGUUUAUCUAAUCAAAAGACAACCACAAAAUAGAAAAGUUAGCAAAAUUAGAAGUAUCUUAGAUGUAGGUUAGAUUGCGAGUCAUUCAAACACACUAACAUAGAGCACAGACAAAGCUAGCAAACAAGUUGAUCCUCUCAGACAAUGUCAGCUGUCUCUACAACAUUUCCCUGUAAGUUUAUUUCUGAAUUUAAUAGGGUAUUUCAAAAGAAGGAUUUGUUCAUUUCUUUAAAGGAUUAAUGGUCCUUUCCAGCUUUUCUUGUUUCUGAAAUCCUGAUUAUAUUCUUAGGAGACAGACAAAGUAAGGUUUUGAAGAGAUUGAUUGAACUACAUUUCCUUAUGUGCAGUGAAAUUCACCUUUGUAUUUUUCAUAGCAAACAAUACUUAAAGGAUUAUGUGCACAAGUAGUUAGUUUGUGGGUUUGUUGGGUUUGACUUUUUAAGGGUACUUACAUAGUGUAUGUUGCAACUGACCUAAUGAAAGAAAAUAUGAAAAGUAGUGUAGCAUAGGAUAACAACAAAUCCACAUUAACAUGAUGAAUGUUAUGAGCCUCAGUUGAUAUUAUAGAAAAAUAUGUAACUGAUAGGCAGGAAUGAUAUAUUUUUUUUAUUCAAUUUUUGAAUUAUGUCAGUGUGAUUCUUUCUAUACUAAUUGGACAUAUGCAUUCAUAUGUAAGACAGGAAAGAGAAUAAGCUAAUAUAUUUUAUUUCUAUCAAUUUGAGGUUCAUACUUUGCUUUUCUUGGAGAAAAUAGUGAAUCGCUAAUUUAUCCUUAAAGUUUGAUUUGAUUGAAUUUUUUCUUGGAGGAUGACUUUGCUAUUUCUAUUUUAAAAACAAAAAACACUUAUUUUUCAAAGUAACAUCCCUAAUUGUGCAUAGUAGCCAAGGCCAGUAUUUGCCUGUGGAUUAAAUGUAUGGUCUUUUCCCCCUGAUAAUUCAGCAGCUUGGAGUAUGACAGAGUUUUGAUGCCCUCCUAUUCCAAUUUUCAGAGAGAGGAGGUAAAAAUGUGUUUAGCAUUCAGCUUUCUAAAUUUUCUCUAAGAUGGGAGGUUUUUUUUUUUUUUUUUUUUUUUUUUUUUUUCCUUCACCAGCAAAGGGAACUCUGGCCUUUAUUUUUUGAUUAUACACUUGAACAUCUCUGAGAAUGGUCUUUGGGCAGAAGCCAACUAAGUUUCUGCCCAUGGGCUCAGAGUAGAAAUUCCUCAAGCUUCUCCAGGGACACGAUUUCUCCUAGGCAAUCAUUUUGGGGCAUCACUCUAAUAAAGGUGCCUGUCCCUUGUUGCCAGGGGUUAAAGUUUGAGUAACAUAUAUCAGGAAGGAGCAUAUUGAUAACUCAGGUGCACAACUCCAAAUUCCAUUCUGGAAAGGUUUUUCUAGAGACAACUUAGAGCCCCAAGUCUAGAAGUGGGCUCUUAUCUGCAAUUAUCAUAAAAGCCAUAAAAAUCCUUGAUAUUGUCAUUUAUGGUUACAACAAAAUUUCAAUGUCCAGGGAAGUCACCACAGUAAUCUAGAUCAAAGUGAGACAAGAAACUUUGCAACAUGAGCCUCAAAAGCAUGUGACCAGGGAUUCAUUUCUGCUCACAGUGACAACAAAACAAAACAAAACAAAACAGAAAAAGGAGAAACAUGGGAGCUUGACACAGAUGCUCUAGAGCAAAAUUCAUAUAUUGGCAUUCAAUAACCACAUAGGUAGAAACGACUGAUUCAUCCUGCCCAGAGAUAUCAGUAGAUGUAGAAUUUAAUUUUAACUAUAUUUUUAUUGUUGAAUUGGAUUGUAGUCACCAAAUUGAGGGCGGGUUGGGGAGGGGUGCUAGAUCUCAUAAAUCUUUGAAGACCAGUCAGCUUGAUAUCCAGUGGUUAAAUUUAAGGACCACAAAAAUGUGUUUUGGCAAUUCUGAUAUGGUAUUACUAUCACUUUAUACAUAUAUAUAUAUAGUUUUCUUUUGAUUAUGAAACAGCCAGAUAGCCAGCAAUUAAGGUGUUUUUCAUCUUUGUGAAAUUCAUAGGCAAAUUCUGACUCUAAAAUGCACAGUCUAAAUGAAACCUUUGAUCUCAAUCUGUAUAUAUAUAUUGUACAUGACUGCUAGUAGGUAUGAAAUGCAUUUUCAGAAUUGAAAACUCAUGCAACAUAAUCAUGUGUUUGCAUAAGGAAUGUUACAAUUCUUUCUACUGCAAUUUAAUAACAGGGGAAAAUACUUAAGCAGUGCCAUCUAGACCUUUUCUCUUCUCAUGUCUUCAAAAGCAGUGCUAAGUAAAAAUAAUAAUAAUAAUAAUAAAAACGGUUUAUAAACCAAAAGACUUUACAUUCUAGCAUUAGGAACACAAAAAUCUGUCAGCUUAUAAAAAAGCACAACACAUAGAGAAAGUUCAGUGGAAUGCAGUGGGAAAAUGAAUCAUGUUCAUUUUAAGCAAGACCUGCACUAAAUUGGCAACUAACAAAAUUUCCAUUUUUGAUAGGUAACUGUGUUCCAGUUUUAUGAUUAAAUUCAUCCUCAACAACAAAAAUAGCAAAACAAUCAAUAAAGACAGGUCUUACAACAUAACUAUGUAUAUAUGUGUAUAUAUAGAUCCAUGUAAACAUACAUACAUAUAUAUGCAUUCAUAUGUUGGAAAACAAAAGGAGUAAGCUAAUAUGUUUUAUUUCCUUCAUUAAACCAGUGUAUGAGUAUUUUUAAUUGGCAGCCAACAAAUCAACAUAUUGAAACUAGUAAUACAGGGUCCUGAGCAUUUCUCUAUCAGCAGAUCAAUGCCUACAGUUCUUAUGAACCAUUGCACAGUUUGACACUACAAUAGUACUGUACCUCAGAACAUCGGGAAUUAACUAGUUCUCACAUUGCUUGUCUACUUGCUCUCUUUUUCAAGGAAACAAAUAACAUUGUCUAUUGGUGAUUUAAAAACAAAGUCUUAAGAAAACAGAAAAUGAUUAAAAAAAAAAAUUCCUCCUUGAAGGAGGUAAAAAAAAAAAAAAUAACUAAACCCCACCAUGUUGGUUAGGGCAAAUACUCUUAACUGUAGCAAUCAUGCCAUUUUGCUAAGUGUACAGAGUCCAUGUAAUGUGAGCAACCAUAACUUUCACUGAGCGUGUGUAAAUAUUAAAACAGAUUUCUUAAAUAUUUUUAACUUCUAAUUUGUAUUUUAUGGUAAGGCAACGUGCUAAUUCUGUUUAUGGCUUAAGUUCAUGUGUUAUAAUAUUAUGUAAAUAAUUCAACAUGCUGUAAAUGACUAGUCAAUAGAUACAAAUAAUUGUUUAAUUUUUUCUUAAUUUUUAUUUAUUUUUUACUAAGUACAGUUACUGCAGUGCCCCAGCAGAGUAAUUUAAACACCCUUUUGCAUAAAUGGUUUGGGAUCCCAGACAGAAGGGUUUCAAUUUGUUGUCACACACACAGCCACACACAUGUACACGUGCAUGCACAUACACACACACACACACACACACACAUUCAAACACACAUACUCUCACUUUCUGCUCACUUGCUCCCACUUUCAUCCCCUUUAUGGGAAAUGCUGUAGUGUUUAUGUAUUCAAUGUAACAACCAAGAGAUAGCCUUAGAAAUGGAAAAAGCAGAAGUGAUCAUUGAUAACUUGGUAGAGUUUUUUAUAUGUCAGAGUUCAAGAAACCAAAGGUUGUAACUUAAAUCUCAAUUUUAAAAGAGUAAAAGUUUAUAUUGAUGGCACUACAGGAAAUAAAAGUGCUUAUUAUUCAUACCUGUUCCAGAAAUUUAUUACACAUAAUACACACAGACUUUUUUUUUAAUAAUAGCAUUUUGUCCUUAGAUAGUAUUAUUCCUUUUAACCAAAGACUCCAGAAUUAUUAAAAAACAAAAAAGGAAAGAAAAAAGGAAAAAUGGGAGAAAAUUUAAAAAAAAAAAAAGACUGCUUUACACCAAAGGUUUAAAAAAUAUUUUCCAAAUACACUAAGAACAUUGUAAAAACUAGUAAGGAGCCAACAGAACGUGAAUUAAGAUACUGCCCUAAAGAAAUCAU